CAACACACCCAAAAAGACGAGAGCAAGGAAAGAUGAAAAGCUGUUUGCUGUUGUGUUUGGUCUUGGUGGUAGGGUUGAGUGAAUUUGUAGAAGGUAGUGGGUUGAAGGAAAACUUUUACGAGAAAAGUUGCCCUCAUGCUGAGGAAAUUGUGAGGGAAAUCACUUGGAAUUACGUUGCCAAUAAUGUUACUCUGCCUCCCAAGUUUCUGAGAAUGCAUUUCCAUGAUUGCUUUGUGAGGGGUUGUGAUGGUUCAAUAUUGAUAGACUCUACACCAAACAACACCGCUGAAAAGGCAGCAGUACCAAACCUAAGCCUGGCAGGAUUUGGAAUUAUAGAUGACAUCAAGGCCCAGCUGGAGGAGAUUUGCCCUGGAGUUGUUUCCUGUGCAGACAUAGUAGCUUUAGUAGCUAGAGACUCUGUUUCCUUCCAGUACAAAAAGCCUCUCUGGGAAGUACCAACAGGCAGAAGAGAUGGAACAGUUUCCAAUGUCUCGGAGGUUCUUCUCAACAUUCCUUCUCCAUUCUUCAACUUCACCCUUCUCGAGCUUUUCUUUGCCAGAAAAAACCUCACAGUUCAAGAUCUUGUUGUUUUAUCAGGUGCGCACACAAUUGGAGUGGGACAUUGUGCAUUCUUCAGCAACAGGCUAUACAAUUUCACAGGGAAGGACAAUCCAUCAGAUACAGACCCAUCUCUCAACAAAAAAUACCUAGCUUUCUUAAAAACCAAAUGCAAAAGCCUAGCAGAUAAUACAACAGUAGUGCCAAUGGACCCUGGAAGCUCCACAUCUUUUGACAACCAUUAUUUCAAGAUCCUGGAGCACCAUGAAGGCUUGUUCCAGUCUGAUGCUGCCCUGUUAACCAAUAAGGAUUCUGUCAAGUUUGUUCAGGAGAUGCUCGAUUCGGACGACUUUUUCUCUGAGUUUCGUGUCUCUAUAAAGAAGAUGGGGGAAAUCGGAGUGCUUACUGGAACUGCUGGACAGAUCAGGAAGAAGUGCAAUGUUGUCAACCAUUGAUCAAGCUGCUUUGGUUUAAUUAAUAUUUCACUUUUUU